CGUAAACCGUGAUAACGCCAUCUUCCGUCGGUCCUGUCAGCUCCGCGGAAGGAGUGACUGCUCCCCAGCAGGUCCGCCUUCCCCGGCAGGCUGGCAUUGUGCUGGGCGGGUGUUGCUAUGUGUAGCACUUCAGACUGGGAACCAAGGAAGGCUUUCUUUCUGGGGGAGAAGCGGCCAAGUUUUGCGCUGAAGCUGAGCAGAGGUGAACAGGUAGAGCGGAUUGCGCUCAUCAGAAAAAUACGCUGAAGGAGCUUUGUUUGCCGGGGUUUGAUGGGGAAAAGGCGUUUAAUUAAAGGUUGCUCCUUCUAAGAACUUGUCAGCAGCAGCAUGUUGGAAAGCUGUGUGACUGCUUGAUGAAGCAGACAGAGACUAACCCUGUGAUCGGCUGUGCACAUCUGUGCAAAAAUGGCUGAUGUUGGAGAGUUGGAGGACAGGCCUCCGGCCCCACCCCUACGAAACACCAGUGCCAAGGAUUCAAUCCCCUCCGGCCACAGCGCCAGACCCCUACCUCCAAACCCGGAGGACAAGAAGAGAAAGGACCGCUCCAUCCGCUCCAUCCUUACUGGGGGAGGUGACAAGACCAACAGGAGGAAGGAGCGUCCUGAGAUAUCUCUGCCCUCGGAUUUCGAGCACACAAUCCACGUAGGCUUUGACGCAGUCACUGGAGAGUUCACUGGCAUGCCUGAGCAGUGGGCCCGACUUCUCCAGACCUCCAACAUCACCAAGCUGGAGCAGAAGAAAAACCCCCAGGCUGUCCUGGAUGUUCUGAAAUUCUACGAUUCCAAGGAGACAUCCAACAGCCAGAAGUACAUGAGCUUCACAGAUAAAACAUCUGACAGCUGCAACUCAUCUAAUGAUCUGACUGGAAAGGUCCUAUCCGAGAACAUCCCCAUUGCCACUUUCUCUGAAGAUGAUGAUGACGAUGAUGAAACAAUUCUGCCACCUGUGAUAGCUCCACGGCCAGAACACACCAAGUCUAUAUACACUCGCUCAGUGAUUGAGCCCCAUCCGGCCCCCUCCACCAAAGAUGCUGCCACCUCUCCCACUUUGCCAACCACGGGGACCAGCAGUCCAAUCCAUACUUCUUCCUGCUCUUCUCCCUUGGCCUCGGCACAGCAGUCACGCGGCGUUGACAAGGCCCGGAAGAAGAAAAUGUCCGAUGAGGAGAUCCUGGACAAACUGCGCAGCAUUGUCAGUGUGGGAGACCCCAAAAAGAAGUAUACACAUUUUGAGAAGAUUGGCCAGGGGGCAUCCGGGACGGUGUACACUGCUGUAGACAUUGCCACGGGGCAGGAGGUGGCCAUCAAACAGAUGAACUUACAGCAGCAACCUAAAAAGGAGCUGAUCAUCAACGAGAUUCUGGUCAUGAGGGAAAACAAAAAUGUGAAUAUUGUCAACUACCUUGACAGUUACCUAGUGGGGGAUGAGCUUUGGGUGGUGAUGGAGUACCUUGCUGGAGGCUCGCUAACUGAUGUGGUGACUGAGACGUGCAUGGAUGAAGGACAGAUUGCAGCAGUGUGCCGUGAGUGUCUGCAAGCCUUGGAGUUCCUGCACUCAAAUCAAGUGAUCCACCGGGACAUCAAGAGUGACAACAUCCUUUUGGGCAUGGACGGAUCCGUCAAGCUCACGGAUUUUGGCUUCUGCGCCCAGAUAACCCCAGAACAGAGCAAGCGCAGCACCAUGGUUGGAACACCUUACUGGAUGGCCCCCGAGGUUGUAACCCGGAAGGCGUAUGGCCCCAAGGUUGACAUCUGGUCUCUAGGCAUCAUGGCCAUAGAGAUGGUGGAGGGGGAGCCCCCAUACCUAAAUGAGAAUCCACUCAGGGCACUGUACCUCAUUGCCACCAAUGGCACGCCAGAGCUGCAGAACCCAGAGAGGCUGUCUGCUACGUUUCGCGACUUCCUGCGGCGCUGUCUUGAGAUGGAUGUGGAGAGGAGGGGCUCAGCCAAGGAGCUCUUGCAGCACCGGUUCCUGAAGGCAGCCAAGCCCCUGUCUAGCCUCACCCCCCUCAUUCUAGCAGCGAAAGAGGCGGCUAAGAACAAUCGCUAGUAACUCCAUCACCCCAGUGAUGGACUGACCUCUUCUGACAGCCCGUCCCUCAUCCUCAGUGCCACACCUGACCUGCCUCUACUCUCUCAGGUUCCCUGAGUGGCACUGGGCAGACCAUUGGCAUCCAAGCAGGCUCUAAGACAUUGAGCAGAAAGGAAACAAACAUUUUCCAGCAUAUUUACUCUUCUUUUGGCCUUAAAUGGAAGAUAAUUUAACUGGACUGCUGUUCAAGUUAACAGCAAUUUAUGCCACCAUAGCUCUCCUUAGUUGCAAUUACACAAAGGAUUAAUGGUAAAGCAGUUAAGUAGCAGAUGUAUAAUGGUAGAUUUUUUUUUUUUCUGAACUUUAGCUUUACAUUCAAAGUUCAUCUCAGUCAAAGAAAAUAUACAAAGUACUGUUAAUGCAGUAUUUAUAUUUACAGCUGUUUCCAAGGAUAAAUAUGCUUAAUCCUUGUUACCUUUUAUUUAAAAAGAGUAAAGACAUUGCUUUAGAAGGAUCUUCCCACAUCUCAGAUGGACCAUGUCUUCAGCCAAAACAGACUGCACAGUUGUACAGAUGGAUCAUUUGAAUGUCUUAGCACUUGUUUGUUAUCUGUCUUUGAAGCUUUGUCAUGAAAGCUUUUCUACAUCGCCGAAAAUCACACAGAAGACCUAGAAUACUUAAUUUACAUUUAUAUUGCUUAGCAGAUCCUUUUAUUGUAAACAACCCCACUGCAGGACAAACCCCACCUAGAUUGAGGAGGAUUGAACAAAGGCACACACCUCCACUCCUUUCUGUGGUGUGAGCCACCUGGUUCUUUUCAUUCUGCACCCUACUGGCUUCAAUGGGCGAAGUAACGCUUUUGGAGGGUGGUGAGCUCUGUUCAAUCAGUUUGAUCUAUAGUCCUGCUGGUGCCAGCUGACCACAGGUGUCACUGUGAAUAACAGAUGUGAGAGAGAUGGAACAAUGACAUCUGCCAAAGGAACAUGAGCUCAUUUGAUCCCUGGACCUACUCCCCUCAGAUGGCUGGCAUGAGGAGCACAGUCAUUUACUAAAGCACCAUACACCUUCAGAAACUCCAUCCUUGACCACUGCUGCACUUAGCACAUCAUAUUUAUUUUAUCUGUUUAAUCAUCUUGAGUGGAACUAAAGCAUUAAUUUCUGUUGGUCAUGGUUGGUGUGAUUGUAUAAUAUUCUCCAGCUUGCAUUCUUCUGGAAAAUGAUUCUUGUCAAGCCCCUUAUGAUAAAUUACUUGUAAAAAUAAAAGUUGGUUAUGCCAUGGUUAUGCCAUUUAAACUGUCUCAACAGGAAAUUUUUGUAGCUACUUUUUUUUUUAUCCUGAAA